CACGCACCGAACCGAAAGGCCUUUUGUACUACUCGUCUACUUCCCUACAUACACAACAUGGCGAGGAGGCUGUUCCGACCGGGCCUGACCUGCCACUACUGCGGCACCUACUCGCGUGACAACCAGGCAGGCAUAACUCGUGCCUGGCUGUGUCCGCACUGCGAAAGCAUGAACUACGUCGAUGAGAAAGGAGGAAUCGUAGAUCCUCCCGUCGAGGACACAGCUCCUCGAUUCGUCCGAUAUGCGCAUUCCCGCUCUCCCUCUCCGCAGGUGUCAACGGCCAAAGACGCGUUCUGCAAAUCGUGUCAGCGCAACCAACUCCUCGUGAAUAAGGCCAUGGCCGAGUACCUCCCUGACGACGACGACCCCGACUACACCAAGUACGAGGCCUCCGUCGAUGCCUUUCGAGAUGAGCUUGAACGUCGGUAUCCCCCCGUAUGCGACAAGUGCGUCCACACAGUCCAGAAACAGAUUCGAGCGGCGCAAUAUACGGCCAAUACGGAUCAUCUUCGUCGCAUCCUGCAAUUCUCGAAGCGUAAUCGGGCACAGCACGACACUACGAAACAGGCAUGGCUGCUCCGUGUCGUCUUCGCCGCGAAAUGGAUAUACUAUGCUAGCGUCGCAGUGGGCAUUGUCUGGCACCUGUUUGGAAUCAUGCUACAAUCAGACACAGGAAGUGGUGCCGCCACAGUGUUCGACUGGCCCCUGUGUCUCGAGCAGGCCUUGACAGCCUUCGCGGUGGAGCGGUUCUGCUUCAAUUCCCCCCCAGUCAUGCUGCAGAUCAAAUACACCCUGGUUGCUGACUUACUCACGUUUUGGUGGAAUCCACAAUUGGAAACUAAAAUCAAUCGGGCGGGCGGUCGAAUGCGAGGUCUCACCUCGCAAUGGCUUCUACGACUCGUGGUUGUUGCCGUGCGGUAUGGCAUUUUCUAUCGAUCUCAAGACCCUUCUGCCUACAACGGCAACCUCCAGUUCUUCCGGGUCGGCCAUGCCAUCUCUCUAGCUUUUGUCAUCGCCGCAACAUUGCUCUCCAGACAAAUUGUCUACAUCGACUACCAAUCUACAAAGACAUUCAUGAAGAGGAUCGAUCCGUACCUUCCCCAGGCUACCAGCCGUGAGGGCACUCAAGAGCCAUACCAGCCCGCACGUCCGAAGUACGAUUCAUUCGACACCAUGGCGCAAUCCUUCACCGAAUCCUUCCCAAUUAGCAAUCCAGGAGAAGCUACCGGCAUUCUAAAUGACCAAUAUCCUCCAUCGCCCACCGAGUCUAUUUCCUCUUUCCGUGACGACGACAGUGACGUAUAUACCCCGUAUCUCCGCAAAGCGCACGUCAACAAGACCCUCAACGACGACAUGGACUGGACUCCAACCCGCCGAACAUUUGCACCGCCCCAACAAAUCUUGCCACCCGUCUUCAGCCAAGCGCCUUCAGCACCCCCACCCCGUCAACCUCACUCCAUCUUCGCCAAACCCUCCACCAACCCCUUCGAUCGCAGAGUCCCUGCACCACCUCCUAAACACAAAGAACACGAACGCCGCAACCCCUGGAAACCCAGCAUCUUCCAGCCCGCCACGCAGUCAGCGAAGAAGAACUUCUUCGCUGAAGUCAUGAAUUCCCAGGGCUCGCCGACGACACAGGAGAGCCUGCGGCAAGCUCCAAGCUGGGUCAGGAAGGAUGAAGAGCUUUUUGAACCUCCGAAACUGAAGUACGACACGUAUACGAAGCCUAAGAUGACUGGCUUGGAGGAUACUUUUAAUUCUUUGUUUUCGGGCUAAGGGGCCGGGUUUGCAUUGGGCGAAUGUGGGUAGGGUGUAUGGCUGGUGUUUGCUGGUGUGUGGUUGGCGUUUUUGAUUAGAUACCCUUGUUUCUCCUGAUUGCUGUUUAGAGAUUGGUUUGUUUUAGGACAUAUGGUGGCUGGCGUUCAGGUGGCUGGCGUUCAAAUGGUGGGCUUUGGCCUAUUUGUGUUCCGUUGGGUGGAUUAGAAUGCUGCUCAUAUGUCGAAGCAAGUAGUGAGCACGUGUCUGAUUAGAAGACAAAUUCCGUUUUAUGUAUGGUUAACGUUUUGUCGAUAUUCAACUCGCUAGUAUUAUUCGUGAAUCGUGUGGAGAAAGAACCGGGUAGGGUAUAGGCGGUUUAGCAUGGCACGUUUUAUC